AUGGCAGUUCAGCUCUUGGCUUAUCAGGUGGCCGACCUCUGCCUUGGCAAGCCGCCGCUCAGCUCCCUCCCCGCCUCCUCCGCCACCGUCGCCGACGCCCUCGCCGCCCUGAAAUCCACCGGAGAGAGCUCCAUCACCCUCUGGAGCUGCGACCACGCCUCGCCGGAUAAGGAGUGCGUGUGCGUGGGGAAAAUCUGCACGGUGGACGUGAUCUGCCAUCUCCGCCGGGAGGAGAAUCUGGCCUCGCCGGCGGCGGCUCUGCAGUCUCCGGCAACCGUUUUGGUGCCGAGAGUUGAGGGGCUCGUGAGGCACGUGGACCCUUCUUCCAGCCGCAAGCAAAGAAAACAGCUCCAAAAGCCCUCACCAUCGACCCUAUCGACCAAUCACAACGACCAAGAAUUCUGCUGGCUCACUCACGAGGACUUUGUCCGGUUCCUCCUCGGCCUAAUCGGUCUAUUCUCCCCAAUCCCCACCCUUCCCAUCGAAACCCUCGGCAUAAUCAGCCACGACUACCCAGUCGUGAGCCACCACUCGCCCGCCAGCUCAGCACUCGAAACCAUCCACCGAGCUUCCAUCGACCAGACCUCGGUUGCCUUGCUCGACGAGCUCGGGUCACUCACCGGUGAGAUCUCCCCUUUUACCCUCCUGACAGCUGGCGACCUCACGGGCUCACCGGAGGAGCUCGUGCGUGCGGUGGAGGAAUGGCUGAGAGAAAGGAUGGGCUUCUUGACAGGUGGCGGCAAUUGUUGCUCGUCCGAUGAUGAGUUGGCAUCGCCAACAACGCCGGGCGGAAUGUGGGCCCGGCGGGCUUGCUCGAGCCGGAUGAUGUGGCGGGACGAGGCUACGGUUUGUGGGCCCGGGAGCUCGUUGGUGGCGGUGAUGAUACAAGCAAUUGCUCGUCGGGUGGGGUCCGUGUGGGUGGUGGAUAGGGAGUGUCGGGUGGUGGGGAUGGUGACUUUUGCUAGCAUGUUGGGGGUUUUUAGGGAUUGUUUGGAGUCUUUGGUUUGA